AAGCCUUAAUUACUUCGACGUCCAUCGCAAGUGGUUUGCCAGGCAGGAAUGAGCCAUGCGCCAAUGUGUAAACACCAUUUGAUCGUGGCCUACAUUUGUGCAUUGCACAGCUUGGCCCAACACAGGCCAACGUGUACUGGGGCCUUUAUAUGUUCUGUGGUUACAAGCACAAGGUACUUUUUUACCGGUGCUUGUAUUGUUGUUAUUUUGAAUUUUGCUGUUUAAGUUCAUAUUGUUGUGAUUUUACAGGACGAUCAAAAUAGCAAAGUUUUCUGUAAUCAUAAUGCCCCUUUUCCAUUAUCUAAUUUUGGCUCUGAAUAUAAUAAGUAUAAAUUGUUGCAAUGAAAAUGGUUUUAUAGUAUACUGUCCCUGUAUGGGCAGGUUUGGUAAUCAGGCAGAUAAUUUUUUAGGAGCAUUAGCUUUCAGUAAAGGUUUAAAUAGAACAUUGGUAUUACCUCCAUGGGUAGAAUACAGGUUUGGUGAACCUAAAUCCAUACAAGUACCUUUUGACACAUAUUUCAAGGUUGAAACUUUAGCAACAUAUCAUAAUGUUAUUACCAUGGAGAAGUUUAUGAAAGAAAUGGCUCCUGUUGUUUGGCCUGUCACAAAACGAAUCUCAUUUUGUUACACUCAAAGAAUGGGUGAACAAGAAAAAAGUUGCAAUGCUAAAUCGGGUAAUCCUUUUGGUCCAUUUUGGGACACAUUUAAUAUAGAUUUUUCCUACUCUGAAUUUUAUGGACCUUUGAAUUAUGACGUGCAUAACAAAGCGAUGCCAGAAAAGUGGAAACAAAAGUAUCCUCCAUCUCAAUGGCCUGUUCUAGCUUUCACUGGUGCACCUGCAAGUUUCCCAGUUCAAAAAGAAAACGUACAUUUACAAAAGUACCUCUCCUGGAGUGAUGACAUAUCUAAUAAGUCAAAACAAUUUAUAAAGAAGAAUAUGAGUGGAGGUGGUUUCUUGGGUUUACAUUUAAGAAAUGGACAAGAUUGGGUUAAGGCUUGUAAACAUGUCCAGGACAGCACCAUGUUAUUUGCAGCACCUCAGUGUGUGGGAUACAAAAAUGAAAGGGGACCACUAACAUUAUCUAUGUGUCUACCGAAUCCCGAUGAAAUUAUCAAGCAAGUGAAGAGGGCUCUUAAAAAACGAGAAAAUAUAAAGUACAUCUUCGUGGCAUCAGAUUCUAAUCAUAUGAUAAAUGAUUUCAACAAAGGACUGCAGCAUGCUGAAGUGUCAGUUGUCAGGUUACAGCCGUCGAAUCCACACUUGGACUUGGCAAUUCUUGGUCAAGCAAAUUAUUUUAUUGGCAACUGUGUAUCUUCGUAUUCAGCGUUUGUCAAGAGAGAAAGAGAUGUAAGAGGUUUACCUUCAGAAUUUUGGUCGUUUCCAUACAGAAAAAAGAGUAAACACAUAGAACUGUAAUAA